CAUUAUUCCACAAUUUCGGCCAGAUACUUGGAUAUAAUAACUCGGCAUCCAAGCUGGUCUGAAACUGGCAAACUAAUAGAAACACUCAGGUUCCCUGCCAGUUCCAUGACAGCUCCAGGAUACUACCAGGUCACUGUUAUGGUGCCAAGCUGGAUCCUCGAAUCACAUGCCCAAAAGAUCGGCCGAAAUUAUGGCAUAAAAGGCAACCAAAUAGGCGCAAAAAAGAGUAGAAACGGAAAGAAAAGAGAGGUAUCUAGGUUAAAGCGUGGGUGGUAUCUAGAUUAUAACGUG